AUGACCUACCAGCAUUCCUCUGGUACACUCGACGGUCAUGCUUUUGAGGAUUCGUCUCUCUGUAUGGACAUGAUCCAAGGAGGCGCUGUAACUGCGGCGCACGCUGAGGAUUACAAGGAGUACAAAGGCGAGUGUGAUGACGCCCAUAAUCCGUACCCGACUGAAGGGUCUUACCACUUCAACUCCUUCAAUCAACACGAUAAUAACUUCAUCGUCCACUACGCCAUCAUGCCUCCGUCUCUCCAGCUCACACAAGACCCUGCUGUCUCUGUUUCUUCACCCCCCACCCUUGCGUCCAUGCUACCGGAUGCUGACGGGAAAAUCCUCGCACACAUGCAGGUCUUCACCUUGGUUAAGGAGCAGACCACAGACAAAGAGCUGUUCCGUCUCGACAUCGACCACAACAUAGAGUUUAGCAGCAAGGAUUUGCUAUCCUAUACCGACUUUCGCAACGUACUGCGCUACAAGACACAAGCUGGCUAUUUAAAGACCCAGUUUUUCAGGGUUUGUCUCCUCUCUGAGAUAGAGCAAUACAAAGCACCUAUAAAUAAUAUCGUUCUGUCGCGGCUGGCUAAGCCUGAGCAAGAGACCACGCAUAAGAGUAUCAUGACGCAGAUCAAAUGGAUCGUUGACGAUGACUCUCUGCACCAGGCCUUGCAGAAGUACUAUUUAGAACAGCUGAGCCUAAAACAGUCGAAGUCCAAUGAUCUUAGCCGACUCAUUGUCCCCGGGUCUACUGAUUUCUGCACGAGGAUUCCGUGCGGGGAGCUGGACCCACAAGCACGGAAUUCAAGCAAUCCCUCGCGACUGCGAUUAGCUGUGGUGAGGUUUACCAAGACCCAAGCUCAGAAUCUGGGAAUUGAAAAGGACUCGGUAGAGCACAAAUAUUACCUGGAGGCCAUGUCCAAGAAACGCACGCACACCCGCAGCACGACAGAAACUGGGCGCUACAUGGGUGAAUGGCUGCGCGGUGACUUUAGAUUGUACGAUGACGUGCUAAUGCAGAACAACAAGAACAACCUGUACAAGUUAAAAAACUCUACAAUCCAGGACAACGACCACAUCAAAUUUAUUUCCAAUUUCAAUGACUUCGCUGUUCCCCGGUCACUGGGAUACGUAACGGUUCGCAGUAGCGUAACUUCCCAAUUUCUGGACUUUGUAAUAGACUUUCAGCAGGCAUGUGCAAAGACCCAGUUGCCGCCGCUUAAGGUGCUGGCCCAGAUGCCGGACUACGCAGACUUUUAUCACACGUGUGUAGAGCCGUUGCUGAAGGACUCUCGGCCACUUCCCCCCACAAACCAAGCUAAUCCCAAACAGCCCUGA